AUGUCUGCGCCUGAAACCGGCGCCUCCUCUCGGGAGAAGUCCCUCGAGGAAUUGCAAGUAGCGACAUUAGAGAAAGGACGUUCCACUUCAUCUUCCGGUGCUGAUAAUGAAAAACCACACGACCAUCAUUCGCUAUCAGACACGACCAUGGCGCCUCCAGAUGGCAAGAAAAAGGAUCAUCACGGGAAAGCUGUCGACUUGAGUGAUGAUUCUCUCUUUGCCCAUCUCCCGGAGCAUGAGAAAGAGAUACUCAAGCGACAGCUUGAGGCACCGUCUGUGAAAGUCUCUUUCUUCAUUUUGUAUCGCUAUGCCUCGAGAACGGACAUCCUGAUCAUGGUCGUGAGCGCAAUCUGUGCUAUUGCUGCUGGCGCCGCUCUUCCCUUGUUCACAAUUCUUUUCGGUUCACUGGCCUCAGCGUUCCAAGGCAUCUCUCUGGGUACCAUGCCCUAUCAUGAUUUCUAUCACGAACUGACUAAGAAUGUGCUUUACUUUGUGUAUCUCGGUAUCGCGGAGUUUGUCACGGUCUACGUCAGCACCGUGGGUUUCAUCUAUACUGGCGAACAUCUCACACAGAAGAUUCGUGAAAACUAUCUCGAGGCUAUCCUGAGGCAGAACAUGGCUUACUUCGACAAGUUGGGCGCCGGUGAAGUGACCACUCGUAUCACUGCUGAUACCAACCUGAUCCAGGACGCCAUCUCUGAGAAAGUUGGUCUCACUUUGACCGCAUUUGCCACAUUUGUGACCGCAUUUAUUGUCGCCUACGUCAAGUAUUGGAAGUUGGCUCUGAUCUGUACCUCAACUAUCGUCGCGCUGGUCAUGGUCAUGGGAGGUGGGUCGAGGUUUAUUGUGAAAUACAGCAAGAAAUCUCUUGAAAGUUAUGGUGCUGGUGGAACUGUCGCGGAAGAAGUCAUCAGCUCCAUUCGGAAUGCUACCGCUUUCGGCACCCAAGAUAAGCUGGCCAAGCAAUACGAAAUCCACCUGGCUGAGGCUGAGAAAUGGGGCGUCAAACAACAGGUCAUCCUUGGUAUGAUGGUCGGUGCUAUGUUCGGUAUCAUGUUUUCGAACUAUGGUCUCGGUUUCUGGAUGGGAUCUCGCUUCCUUGUCAAUAAAGAAGUCAACGUGGGCCAAGUUCUGACAGUUUUGAUGGCUAUCCUGAUCGGUUCGUUCAGUUUGGGCAACGUUGCCCCCAAUGGCCAGGCCUUUACGAACGGUGUUGCCGCGGCCGCGAAGAUUUACAGCACGAUCGACCGCAGAUCGCCACUGGACCCUUAUUCUGACGAAGGGAAGAAACUCGACCAUUUCGAAGGAAAUAUCGAAUUCCGCAAUGUCAAACACAUCUACCCUUCAAGACCCGAAGUUACUGUCAUGGAAGAUGUCUCUUUAUUGAUGCCCGCCGGAAAGACUACCGCAUUGGUGGGCCCAUCUGGCUCUGGAAAGAGUACUGUUGUCGGCUUGGUGGAGCGCUUUUACCUUCCUGUAGGAGGCCAGGUAUUGCUGGACGGCCAUGACAUCCAAACCCUCAACCUCCGUUGGCUGCGACAGCAGAUCUCUCUUGUCAGCCAGGAACCUGUUCUUUUCGGCACCACGAUCUUUAGAAACAUCGAACAUGGCCUGAUUGGCACCAAAUUUGAGCAUGAGUCGAAGGAAAAGAUUAGAGAGCUCAUCGAGAAUGCGGCCAGAAUGGCCAAUGCUCAUGAUUUUAUCAUGGCUCUGCCUGAAGGUUACGAGACGAAUGUCGGUCAGCGUGGUUUCUUACUUUCAGGAGGUCAGAAGCAACGUAUUGCCAUUGCUCGUGCCAUUGUCAGUGACCCCAAGAUUCUGUUGCUUGAUGAAGCUACAUCAGCUUUGGAUACCAAGUCUGAGGGCGUCGUCCAAGCCGCUCUUGAUAAAGCUGCCGAAGGUAGAACCACCAUUGUCAUUGCUCACCGUUUGUCAACAAUCAAAACAGCCCACAACAUUGUUGCCAUGGUCGGUGGAAAGAUUGCCGAACAGGGAACACACGACGAAUUGGUCGAUCGCAAAGGCACGUACUAUAAACUUGUGGAGGCGCAGCGUAUCAACGAGGAGAAAGAAGCAGAAGCUCUGGAAGCCGACGCGGACAUGGACGCCGAUGAUUUUGCUCAAGAAGAGGUUGCUCGCAUCAAGACUGCGGUUAGUAGCUCGAAUUCUCUCGAUGCUGAAGAUGAGAAGGCGCGCUUGGAGAUGAAGCGAACCGGAACGCAAAAAUCGGUUUCGAGUGCCGUUCUAUCUAAGAGAGUCCCCGAGCAGUUCAAGAAGUACUCACUCUGGACCCUCAUCAAGUUCAUCGGUGCAUUUAACCGCCCCGAGCUUGGUUACAUGCUCAUUGGCUUGACUUUCGCGUUCCUUGCCGGUGGUGGUCAACCUACCCAGGCUUUUCUGUACGCCAAGGCAAUUAGCACGCUCUCGUUACCCGAAUCAAUGUUUCACAAACUCAGGCAUGACGCGAAUUUCUGGUCCUUGAUGUUCUUUGUGGUUGGAAUUGCUCAAUUUAUCAGCCUGUCUAUCAAUGGUUCAGCAUUUGCUGUUUGUUCGGAGAGACUCAUUCGCCGAGCUAGAAGUCAAGCGUUUAGAUCGAUUCUUCGUCAAGACAUCUCAUUUUUCGACAGGGAAGAGAACAGCACCGGCGCCCUGACGUCCUUCCUAUCAACAGAGACGAAGCAUCUGUCGGGUGUUAGCGGAGUGACUCUCGGCACAAUCAUCAUGACCAGCACUACGCUUGGGGCGGCGAUGAUCAUUGCGUUGGCGAUCGGAUGGAAGCUGGCUCUGGUUUGCAUUUCUGUCGUUCCAAUCCUGCUAGCAUGCGGCUUCCUCAGAUUCUACAUGCUUGCUCGAUUCCAGCAACGAUCGAAGUCUGCAUACGAAGGGUCUGCGAGCUAUGCUUGCGAAGCCACGUCAGCAAUCCGCACUGUAGCAUCACUCACUCGCGAACAAGAUGUCUGGGGCGUUUACCACGAUCAGCUUCAAAAUCAGGGACGGAAGAGUUUGAUCUCAGUGCUGAAAUCCUCCCUGCUGUAUGCCUCGUCGCAGGCAUUGGUGUUCUUCUGCGUCGCUUUGGGCUUCUGGUAUGGUGGUACACUUCUAGGCCAUCAUGAGUACAGCAUCUUCCGUUUCUUCGUCUGCUUUUCCGAGAUUCUUUUUGGUGCGCAAUCAGCCGGAACUGUCUUCUCUUUUGCCCCAGACAUGGGUAAGGCAAAGAAUGCCGCUGCUCAAUUCAAGAAACUCUUCGACAGCAAGCCGACCAUUGAUAUCUGGUCGGAUGAGGGCGAGAAGUUGGAGUCCAUGGAAGGCGAAAUCGAAUUCCGGGACGUCCACUUUAGGUACCCAACGCGGCCGGAGCAGCCCGUUCUUCGAGGACUGAAUCUGAGCGUGAAGCCUGGACAAUACAUUGCCCUUGUUGGACCCAGUGGGUGCGGUAAGAGUACUACGAUUGCUCUGCUCGAGCGAUUUUAUGACACACUUGCUGGAGGGGUCUUCGUCGACGGAAAGGACAUUACCACUCUCAAUGUCAACUCAUACCGCAGUUUUCUCGCCCUGGUCAGCCAAGAACCUACUCUGUAUCAGGGUACGAUCAAGGAAAAUAUCCUACUCGGAGUCGAUAAGGACGACGUUUCGGAGGAGACUUUGAUUAAGGUCUGCAAAGAUGCCAACAUCUAUGAUUUCGUCAUGUCACUUCCUGAGGGAUUUGACACCGUCGUUGGCAGCAAGGGAGGCAUGUUGUCUGGUGGACAAAAACAGCGUGUCGCCAUUGCUCGUGCCCUCCUGCGUGACCCAAAGGUCCUUCUUCUGGACGAAGCCACAUCUGCUCUCGACUCCGAGUCAGAGAAAGUCGUACAAGCUGCGCUGGAUGCUGCUGCCCGCGGGCGGACAACGAUUGCUGUUGCCCAUCGGCUGAGCACCAUUCAAAAGGCCGAUAUAAUUUACGUGUUCGACCAAGGCAAGAUAGUCGAAAGUGGCACGCACCACGAGUUGAUUCGAAACAAGGGCCGGUAUUACGAGCUGGUCAAUCUGCAGAGUCUGGGAAAGACUCAUUAA